AGGGGUAACAAGGUAAACAGAUCUACCCCAGAAGUAUAGGCGCCACACCAGGGGUGGCGGGGUGGUUGCAUUAAUCAGUAAACAUUACAACCAACAAGUUAGAUUUGUUUCACAAGAUUGUGUCUAACUAUCCCUGCGACCCUGUGUUUAAAAUGUUUCGCUUAUAGCUAGAUAUAUGUAUUCGCUAGAAUAUGAAAAAUAUAAUAACUUUUUCAAUACCGGUCCUGAUUUUUUUGCUCGAAUUGCAGCUAAAAAUUAUUAAUGUAGCAAAUUCUGUAAAAAAUAUUUCUAAACAUUUGCAAAUGGGUAAUUUUAUUGGAAGAGCGAGGGAGCCUGAGGUUAAUUUGAAACGAAAACUAGAUUUGGAUGAAACGGAGUCUCUUACUGGGUUUGAAGUAAAAAGAAUAAAGUUGCACACGACGUCGCAAUAUAUUUAUAAUACACUGUUUGUGAAUGGGGAAGGAAGUGAUGUCACAAUAUGUGCGUUGGACCAUGAGUGGAAGUUACACAAACUUUAUCUUCGGCAAGCGGGGUAUUUUAGCGGGAUGUUUCAAGGAUCAUGGAAAGAAUCCGAGUUAGAGACCAUCCACCUUAACAUACCAGACCCGAACAUCACAGUUGAUUCGCUCAACAUAGCUUUUGGAUUGCUUUACUCGGACGAUCUCGUUAUCGCGUCACAAUCGGUUGUGUCGGUCCUCGCAGCAGCUUCUCUCAUCCAAUCAGAUGGCUUGAUGCAGAAAUGCUCGCAGGUGAUGGUUGAAAGUAUUUGCUCGACCACUGUUUGCGAAUAUUACCAAACUUCGAGGUUAUACGGGCAAGUAAAGGUGGAAGCUGCUUGUGUUAGUUGGUUAGAGGACAACCUGAUGGUCAAACAUUCAAACAAUAACUUGAUUGCUGAAAUUAAUCCGGAUCUAAUGACACGGAUUGUGAAGUCACAUAACUUAUUCGUCCUCCAAGUUGAGAUGGACAUCUACACGUUGCUACGACGAUGGUUGUAUUUUCGUGUCAACCAAACCAGUCACCAGGUGGGGGAAAAGAGCGCUGUUUCUUCGUUUUUCCGUGACAAGUUCCAGGAAAGUGGGAAGCGAUAUCUUGAGACGGAUGAUGGGAAAGAUUACCAGGAAACUUUUCAUGCAGUUCGUUAUUGUAACGUCAUCCGUGACUUUAUGUGCGCUGUCGAGGUUGAAUCCGACGGUAUCGUUCCCGGGAGUUGGCUCUUUCCCGUUUAUCGAGAACGUUGGUUGUCGAUGUUACGAGUGGAACAAGGGAUCGAUCGUGGUCCGAAUAUUAAACCGGAGGUGGAUGGUGGGAGCAUGAGGUGUGGAAGGAUCCUCAUGCGCGACGUCGACCACUGUUGGAGAUGGAACGGAUUCAACUUCGCAAUCGACCUCCUUGUCAUGUAUAAUGCUAAGACUCCCUGUUCGUUGUCGAUUAAACGAAACAUCAAAUCCCAACGCCGGGUGGCAGCAGUGGGUUUGGGGUCGCAACGGAAAGUGAUUUAUAAAAUAAAGAUUUUCUCGUUGGACACGCGGGGCCACGUGUGCGCGUGCACCUCAGUCGGCCCGUGCGUUGCCGCGCUUGAGAAAGAUGAGGACCGGGUAGUGCUCACGCAUGAUAAUGAUAAACAAAGACUGACGUUUCCACUUUAUGUUUCGGCAACUUUCAGAGUCGUGUCCACGAAUGAAAUGCUAAACAAUUUCGAAAUACGUCCUCUGGCUUGUUAAAGGACUUCUUUUAUUAUUAUUUUUAAAUUCUUGUUCUUAUUCGUUCCUAGAAACUGAAUUUCUUUAUUUGUUUUUAACUGUUUUGAUAUUUAAGUCAAAUGUCUAUGGAGUCUCUUUAAAUUGAUUUUUAAAUGUUUUUUUAUGAAUUGAUCUAAAUUUACUUAAAGGGUUUUCCAUUCAGUAAAUAACAUCACUACUCCACUACAUAAAACUUUAGAGAAACUGUGGCUCAAAUCCCAGGUCCAAUUACAUGACUCACCACAGAACCUCACCCAUAUAGAAUUGCCUUGUCAUAUUAAAGACUUUUAUUAUUGUUUUAUUCUUCUUCCUAUUUCUUCUUAAACACUGAUUUCCCUAUUUUAUAUUAACUAUGUUGACGAAACUAUUUGUCUCUUCAUUUAAACGUGAUAAUAAUUUAACUUCAAGUCAAUAAUAUUUGAUAAAUACCAUCUUAAACUCAGGUGUUGGGACAGCCCUGGCUUAAAAGUAAGGUUCUAUGACAUGCCUCACUGUAUAAUUUCACCCAUAUAAAAAUAUAAUGCAUGAAAAGCGGGAAGUUGGUAUUUCCUGCUUAUUUCUUUACUUGUGACGUCUUCAUUUUAUUCUCGUUCUUAAACCAUUGGUUUUCUUCUUUUAUACAAGUUUUGAAUUUAUAACAGAAUAAAAUAUUGAAAAAUA